UGGCUGAGUGUUGGCAGUACACACACAACACAACACAACAGCAGCCCUGCCUCCUCCGACACACACAGCCCGGACACACACCGCAUUUCACAUCACCAGAGUCUUCAGCAUUUUGGAUAAUAUCGCUACAUCUGCUGGGGGACGUUUUUAUCCUGAGCUGCGUCAUUGAAAGCGUGCGGUCGACAGCGUGCUCAGGAGCACACUCAUGCCAGACGAGGCAGGACGGGGAGUAGAAACACUUUAAGUGGGACAGCCUGGAGCCGACCGUCACGUUCAGCUGGUGGAGCAAGGACCAGAAACUCAGGGAUAUGUCCAACAACGCUGGAAGAGGUCAUGGGGGUCUUAACCAACUAGGUGGAAUGUUUGUUAAUGGACGCCCACUUCCGGAGGUGAUCCGGCAACGCAUCGUGGACAUGGCCCACCAGGGGGUUCGGCCUUGUGACAUCUCCCGGCAGCUCCGAGUCAGCCACGGCUGCGUCAGCAAGAUCCUGGGACGCUACUACGAGACAGGCAGCAUCAAGCCUGGCGUGAUCGGGGGCUCCAAACCCAAGGUGGCCACCCCGAAGGUUGUGGAUAAAAUCGCAGAGUACAAGAGGCAGAAUCCCACCAUGUUCGCCUGGGAAAUCAGGGACAGGCUGCUGGCGGAGGGAGUGUGUGACAGCGACACGGUGCCCAGCGUGAGCUCCAUUAACAGAAUAAUUCGAACAAAGGUCCAGCAGCCAUUCAAUCUGCCUCUGGAUGGCAAAGGCCUGAGUCCAGGACAAACCCUCAUCCCGAGUUCAGCGGUCACCCCUCCCGAGUCUCCGCAGUCAGACUCUUUGGGCUCCACCUACUCCAUCAGCGGCUUGUUGGGUAUCCCCCAGCCCAGCGCCGAGGGCAAGAGGAGUCACGAUGACAGUGAUCAGGAGAGUUGUCGGCACAGCGUGGACUCUCAGGGCAGCGGAGGCGUCCCAAGGAAACAGAUGAGAGUGGAUCACUUCUCCGCAGCCACGCAACAUCUGGACUGUGGGUUUGAUCGCCACCACUAUCCCCCGGACUCAUUUGGCUCCGCCUCCAGCAGCAAAACAGAGCAGACUUUGUACCCGCUGUCCCUCAUCAAUGGCAGCCUAGACGAGGCCAAGACCAGCCUCUCAACAUCCAGCUCCGCUAUUGGACGGAAUCUGACGGCGCACCAGAGCUACACCAUGGUGACUGAGCCCCUACAGCCCCUGCCGCUCUGUCUAAAACAGGAAAUGUCCCCAGAGGUGACCAGCACGAGCCCCUCGCCAAACAUGGCAGCGUCCAACCUGGCGUUCGUGGAGCUGCAGGCACUGCAGAAGCCUGUUUCUGUCAGCAGCAGCAGCAGCUGCAGCAACUCCAACCAUUUUCCCAACGCCUUCAACUCAUUCUCCCAUCAUGCACCUGUGUACGGGCAGUUCAGCAGUCAGUCUAUCAUCUCAGGGCGUGACAUGGUGAGCUCCACCCUGCCAGGCUACCCACCUCACAUCCCCUCCCCUGCCCAGUCAGGAUACUCUUCCUCUGCCAUCACGGGCAUGGUAGCAGCAGGCACAGACUACUCGGGUCAGACCUACAGCCAUUCGCCCUACACCUCCUACAGUGAAGCCUGGAGGUUCACCAACUCCAGCAUACUGGGUUCACCCUAUUACUACAGCACAGCCUCCCGCACUGCUCCACCUUCUGCAGCCGCCUACGACCACCUCUAGUCCCCUGCUGGACCUGUGACUCCACCUGGACCAAGACUGGAGAGCUUCACAAAUGGACCAAGGCAUGAACGUCAAAACUGGAUCUGAGACUCUGCUGAUGAACCAGCAACACUUUUUUUUUUUUU